AUGGGAGAGACGGCUGAGAAAGCGCCCGUAGCGUCGGCUGGGCCCGGAGACGUCGGGCGCAGCUGGCUACCCGCAUACCCGAAUGUAGCUGCGAAACCUACCAGAAGUAGCUGCCUCAUAAGAACUGGAACUGUGGUUCUGGCUGUGGGAGCCGUGCUGAUGCUGUUAGGGACUAUUGGAGCUUUUUACCUCUGGAAAGCUGAAGACAAACAGGUAUACAAUGUUCAGUACAGUGUGAACGUUAACGGAAAGACUGAAGAGGGCUCCAUGGAGAUCGACAGUCGGAACAAUCUGGAACGUUUCCGGACGGGCAGCGGAGACAGGGAAGCUGUGGAAGUUGUUGACUUUCAUGCUGGAGUCACUGGCAUCCGGUUUACUGGCGGAGACAAGUGUUACAUCAAAGCACAAGUUAAGGCCACCCUACCAGAUGUGGGGACACUUCACAAGGAAUCCAUGAUGUUUGAUCUGGAGGAAGAGGUCAGCCCUGUUAAAUUGGAUGAAGACUCUCUCAUUUGGGUGUCCUCCGAGGAGCCGUUGAAAGACACCAGCUCUCUGGGACCUGCGGUGCUGGAGCUCUGUGGAGAUUUGCCCAUUUUUUGGCUGCACCCGGUCAACCCAGAGGAAGUUGUGAGGAAAAAGCGGGAUGUUGAAAGAAGACGAAGGCAAUAUGAUGUAAGGGCUCUGGAGGAGGGUUACCUGUCCAGGCCCGUGUUGAACGUCAACUCUGAGAGAACCGCUGAGGAAGAGGAAGGCAGAGAACGAGGCUCGGCGUCUGCCUUCAACCCUGACAACCCCUAUCACCAGGAAGGAGGUGAGGUAAGCGAAAUGAUCUUUGACCCCAUGCUGGACCACCGUGGGAUCUGCUGCACACAGUGCCACCGCAGUCACACCCACUGCCAGCGGAUCUGUGAGCCUUUGGGCGGGUACUGGCCGUGGCCGUACAACUUCCACGGCUGCCGGGUCGCGUGCCGGGUCAUCCUGCCGUGCCGUUGGUGGGUGGGCAGAAUGCUGGGUAUCCUCUGA